UCAACAUCACAUCCGCACUCUAAUUUUCCCGGAAGUAAACCAAAAUAAAACAGCUGGGAAAACGCUUCACUUCACUGCAGAAGCCCCAGCUGUUAAAUAAGCCUUGAAAUUUGCCUGUACAAAGUUAUUAUUUUCUCUCGGCAGGAUGUCUUUCCCAUCCUCUUUUGGUACGCAGGUCGCAGCCAUCAUGGAUGUGUUGGCGAAAGCUGCAGUCGCCGAAAUAACGAAGCUGGUGGAGGACGGGACUGUGGUUCUGCGCCUGGAGAUGUGUCGUAAGGACAGUGAAAUUCAGGAGCUCCAAAGAAGUUUGAAACGGAUGGAGGCUGAACUCUGCAAAGCUCAAGAAGCAGCUAUGACCCGAGCUACAGAGGACAGACAGGAGCACACAACAGCCGGGAACCACGUCCCUCCAAAAGAUGAAACAAAAGAUCAGCAAACAAGUGCAGCGUAUCUGGAAGCAAAGACUGCUGAUUCGCUCUGCGAGACUCGACGUGGGACAGAAGAGAGCUGCGACAUGAGGCCAGCGGUGAAACCUGAGCCAGCAGAUGAACUUUCAGUCCAGGAAACAACAGACAACACUGCAACAGCAGCCAGUAAUGUUUGCUUUGAGGCAGGAGAGCGAGACGACCCGAUCUGGCCUCCCGCUGCUUGUAGCAUGUUUGAGAAAAGCUCUACAGUGCAACAGCAUAUUCAGAUUUUCCCCUCCCACGCUGAGCAAUUUUCUGCUCACAGAAAUACAGAAAGUUCCUAUAAUUCUUCAUCAAAUGCAACAGAGGAAAUUGCAGAUGAUUCCUUAAAUAUGCCGAUAAAAGUAGAGGUAGGGAUUCGACCCAUGUGCAUGGGAAGUGUGACUUCAGAGUCUGUUCAUAAUGAUUCAUUUAGACAUGUUUCACGCCCUGCAGUCAGUCAAGACCAGUGCUUGCGGUCUGCUUCGCAACAGGCCGGGCCUUCACUCGCCCUGCCUCACGCACAGAGGUCCACAGCAGGCACAGAAGAUCACGUCCUCAGCAGAAACAACCUGAGAGUGAAAAGACUAAUGAAUGUGUGGAGAACGAAUCAGAAACUCUUCAUCUGCUCUGUGUGCAACAAGGGUUUCCCCCGCUUGUCUCAGCUGGAAGAGCACAAAGCCACCCACCAACCCUUCAAACCUUUCAGGUGCCUCGAGUGUGGGAAGUCUUUCACGCAGAAGACGCGGCUGAAGACGCACCAAAGCGUGCACACGGGAGAGAGGCCGUUCAGUUGUAAAAUCUGCGGCAAGAUGUUUUCGAGGCAGGACAACUGCUUGAGACACGAGCGGUUCCACAGCGGCCUGAAGCCAUACAGCUGUGGGCAAUGUGGUAAAAGCUUCACUGUGCUAGGCAACCUCAAAAUACAUCAAGAGAUUCACCGGCAAGGAAGAUAGCGCUCAGAUACUGGGGCUCCUAGUGACACUCUGUAAGACUGAAGAGAAUUUGCACAAACCCUUAUUUAUCUUGACAGUGUACUUUGAUAGUUUUAAUGCAUUGAAUGCAGUCAUAAAAAUGUCCACCUUGCAAGACAGGGAUGCUGGAACUGUUGAAAGCAUGGAUGAGGGAAAAUGUGAUUGUUAUAUUUAUUCAUUGUUCUCACCUGUGUACCGCAUGUAAUGUUGGAAAUAUUACAAGAAUUUUAAAAUGUUAUAGAUUGUAGAAGUGGGAAAGCUUAGUGAUUAAAACUCCCUACAACUGAAUUUAUGAUUGUAUAUUGCAAUAUUGAGAUUUAAAGUGAUUGUUAGAUUACUAGAUAUUCUGAAAACUUACUUAAUUAGAAACUGUUUAUGGAUACAGUAACCAGGUGCAAGUGUCUGUUUUAGCUAAUCCAGUAAAUUAAAUACCUGAAUAAUAAUAAUACAUCAUCAUAUUGAUGCAAAAGUCACAUGAAAAAUGUCAUAAAGCAGCAAAUUGUUUUGCAGCAUUGCCUAUAAUGGUCUAACACAGUGGCACAAAAUGAUUACCAGGUAUUACCAGGUUGUUUUUACCUCUUCAGCCCUUCAAAAUCAUUGAAAUGAAACGAUAUGAGAAGGUAAAAUCUCUCGCAAAGUCUGUGACAGUGUGAUACAAGUAAAUGUAGUGUUGUAUUAACGGCGUGUGGAAGAAACAAAGGUUGGGAGUCACUGGUCUGAUACACACAGAAGCUGUGACAUAAAUCUCUGACGGAUGACAAACAUUUAUAAUAAUCCACAGUAUAUAUAUAAUCAUAUCACCUACUCACACACUAAGGAUGGUUUCCUUUAGAAAGCUUUCCAGCUUUGCAACAGAGGGAUACAGAGCUUGACUUGAGGAGAGCACAGGUAUCAGCAGAUAUCCUGACUUCAGGUAUGAAAUCAGGAUCAGGAGAGAAAACGUUGGAUCGGUGCAUCCCUAGAUUUUCCAGUUUUAUCAAGACCUCACUGUAUUCAGAGGUAUUUCAGUGCCUUGUAAAGUUUUUGGUAUUGUCCCCCUGAUUGUGAUUUUCCUUUGUCGUCACAAUUUGUAUCAUGUUUUUAACAGGAAAUCAACUCACCAGCUGUCGGACCCUCCAGGUACAGAGACUGUAUUUAACCUAAAAUCACCUGCCUCAUGGUGAACUCAUCAUAUGGCCUCUAUAAACAGUUGGAUGCAGUAGUGAUGAUUUAAAGUGGGGUGUGAGGUAUGUACCUAUGCAAUAAUGUACUUUGUUCAAUAUUUGCACUCAGUGUAAAUCUGUCUGUAGAGAUGUGUUUUUCUCUUAACAUUAAAGUCUAUUCAUGUUUUUCUUCUUCCCA